UAUCACUGAAGAAUAGCAUGCUGGGAAUUGUAGCCUGAUCCUGCAGGACAAGCGUGGUAUGAAGUGAUCACACAGCUUGCUGGAACUGUAAAUAAAGUUUGCUCUGUGCGUGUUAAAGACGUACAUGUUAAAUGGCAUUCAGCUUCAACUUCGACAUUAAGGCGAAGACGGAUGGAUGUUGCCAAAGCAUUAAGACAGCCGAGAAAGAUGAGGAGGAAGACCAUCUUAAACCAGUGAAGGAUGCGGUGGCGCCCCCUCCUGGUUCUGUGAAGGAGGCCCGUGAGCACCCUCUCCCUCCCUCCCUGCCCGCCUCCCUGAGCGAUGCCGUGACAGAGUGCGUGUGUGUAGGCUCGCUCCCCAGACUCAUGUGUCUGGACGAGUGUGUUCAGGAGCGCACGGCGGGAGAACGAGAGGAGGAGGAUGACGAGGCCAUACUGAAAAGGAGCCGGGAGGAGCGUUCUGACUUGAUCUCUGGUGUGUAUGAGGGGGGCCUGCGGGUGUGGGAGUGCACCUACGACUUGCUGCAACACAUGGACCAGGGGGGCGUGGAGUUCUCUGGGAGGCGUGUCCUGGACCUGGGCUGUGGGGCGGGGCUACUGGGUCUCAUGGCGAUGAGGCUGGGGGCGGAGUCAGUGGACUUCCAGGACUACAACAGCACAGUCAUCACACAGCUCACCAUUCCCAACACACUCCUUAACAUGGACACACACACCGAAACACACUCUAGUGAUGAGGAGGAGGAGGAGGAGGAGGAGGAGGAGGAGGAGGAGAGAGAGAGUGUGUCUGAUGGAAAUAAGGGCAAGAAGAGCGGAAAAGGGGGAGAAAAAGAGAAAGAGGAGAUCAAGAGAGGAGGGGACUAUGUGAAGAAGAGCGAUAAGGGAGGUAUGCUGAAGAGGCGAAAGGAGGAUGAGGGGGAAGGAGAGGAGGAGGAGAAGAGGAAGAGGCAGAAGAGAGAGGAGGAGGAGAGAAGGGAUGCGAGUGACGCCCCUAGUCCAUCACAAGCCCCUCCCACUUGCCGCUUCUUCUCGGGAGACUGGUCCUCCUUCCUCUCCUUGAUUGGACCGGAGCCGGCGCACAAAUAUGACAUCAUCCUGACGUCCGAGACCAUCUACAAUACGUCCUCUUACCCCACACUACACCGGCUCUUCCAUAGGCUGCUGGCGCCUGACGGACAGGUGCUGCUGGCCACUAAGGCGCACUACUUUGGGGUGGGGGGCGGGCUGAUGCUUUUCCAGCGCUUCCUGGAGGAGAGGGGCGAGUUCGCCAUGGCGGCGGUGAUGGACGUGGAGGAGGGCCUGCAGAGACAUGUGCUCAAGAUCACCUUUAAAACAUGCGCACAGGACACACACACCACGUGAUGGAUGCACGCGCAUGUACACACACACACUCACACACACACACACACACACACACCAGACUGAUGGGUGUUAACGUGGUACUGCAGAGACAUCUGGUCAAGAUCAUAUUUGAAACACACACACACACACACACACACACACACACACACACACACACACACACACGCACAAGGCUCAUUCGUGAUGGGGCAGGAUGCAGCAGGAGGCAACACAUGCACACUUUAUCAUUACAAACAUUCUGGUUAGAAAUUCAUAACUAGAGUGUAUCCGCGUGUUGCUGCAACAACUUUGCAUGUUAACUUGUGCUCUACAGUGCUGCAUAAAAGCAGUUUUUUUUCACAUGACCAGGCUUGCACGACGCAAAUGGUUUCUGUAGCCACUGUGAAUUUCUGUUGCUAAACAUGAAUAUGCUAAGCUGUGCCCUGACCAAAACCAUCCCUAUCCCUAACCUGUUAGUAAACAACAUUUCUGCAGCUUAAACUUUGCCAACAACACCGCAACAAGCAUUGAAAAUGGCGAAAUUGUGCCCGACAAAAAACACCCCUAACCCUUACCUUCUAGUUGGCAUGUUGUUGAAACGUCAUGAUGACGUGUUGUAAUUUUGCAGCGCUACGCAGAAUACUGAAUCCUAUGCCAUUAAGAAUGAGCCCAUUCAUAGAUGUGCAGGAGUGACUACAGAGAUGUGGUCAAAAUGUCAUUCAAAACAACAUGUAAUGCAUGUUGUACACACACACACACACACACACACACACACACACACACACACACACACACACACACACACACACACACACACACGUACAUACACGUGCACACACGCACACACCAGAUUUGGGGGCGUCAAUGAGGGAAUACAGAGACUCUUUGAAGACUAUGGGACUGUUCAAAAGCUACUUACAUUCACUGAUGAUCAGAGUGUGCGUGACUAGAGAGAACAUUUGUAAAUGUGUGGACUGAGAGAGCGUCUUUGAAAUAUUGUUGUAGUACCCCCUCUAGUGGUGGCUCUCAAUAAAGUUUUUAAAAAAUA